GAGCCCAGCUUAAACUCCCUCUAGCACUCCUGCCUGUCGAGACUCUCGCUGACAGGCAGCCUCGAUCAUACCACCCACCACCCCCGCAUCGCGACACGCGCCCUCCUUUCGUCAACAUAGUCAGCAUGAGCAUCAAGUCUGAGCAGCUGACAGAGCCCUUCGGAGGGUUUGACUUCACCAAUCCCUUCCCUGGAGCUGCAGCGUCUCAUUGCAAGCAGCAACAACGCCCAUCGGGCGUCUCGCGCGGACACUCGCGUACCGAGUCCUCUUCGUCGCGGAGACAUAGCAUACAUCUUGACGGUUCCGAUCACAAAGUCGAGUUCGACCUCAACUUCCUGUCGCAGGGCGCAGACAAAGCCACGUCCAAUGACGACUUCGAUUUCAUGGCUACUUUCACACACCAGGACCAGUCCGAAUUUCUGCUUUCUCCGCCGCGGAUGACCGUUAGUCUCUCUCAGGGAGCCGCGACCCUGGAGACUCCUGGCAAUCAGCAGGCCAAAAGGCAUAGACUUGCUCCUUCAGACGCCAUUGCUGGGGAUGACGGGCAUGCAAGGAUGUCGAGGAGUGUCGGCAACAGUCCGAACCCAGAUAUGGCUUCCCUGGUGCUUGAGACACCUCCUCCGCGGCCUACCGGACAAGUGCAAUCUUUCCUGCCUACAUUUCACGGAGACUCGCUCGCCUCUAUGAUGCACACCCCUCACUCUAGUGCCGCGACGCAGACGCCCUUCUCUGCCAAGUCGACAGCCUCUUCCUCCUCUUACAUGACGACACCUUCCCUACUAGACAGCGCUUCCUCCACGGCCAGCGAACGGUCAGUGCGCCGAAUGUCCAUUGGCAUCCAGGACGGCUCCCCAGGUGUGCAUCGUGCAAUCCCAGGAGGUCUUCUGGGGGCUCGUAAGCGGCUAGGGCAGUACCCAGAGCCGCCAAAGUCCGCACCUCCCGUUGCCCCUCUGAACGCGAUGCAGGUUGCACAGGACGCUGCGCGUCUGCAACAUGGCCACCAGGGCAAAGUCGAGACACCCGAGAAGGGUGAUAAGGCUAGCUUUGGCAAGGGUGGAGAGGUAUGGCCAGAUGAUGUCGAGGUCGCUUUCUGGGAAGCUCUCCGUCUCAUUCCUAAGCUGGGCCGUCGAAAGGUUAUCGUCAACGGCAAGCCAUGCGGCCGCAACGAGCUCAUUGCCGACUACAUCGAGCGGAAAACGGGCAAGCUGCGCAGUCGUAAGCAAGUGUCUAGUCACAUUCAAGUGCUCAAGAACAUCAAAAAGGACGAUCCCGAAUUCCAGCAUCUCAUCGCCGAGCCCGUCACGGAGGAGGACUUCUACAUCCCCGCCGGCGGAAUGAUGUAUGCCCAGACAUUGGCUGGCUAUGGGUACGGCGGUCUCGGUGGACCCAUGCCAAUGCUCAGCGACAGUCCCAUUUCUGGCAACGGCCACUUGACGCCUCACUCUCCAUACCCAGGCUACAGCAACAUGCCGUCACCCAUUGGCGGCCACUCCCCCAGCUAUGAAGCACCCCUCUCCGCCGGAAUCACAUCUGCAUUCAACAACCUCGCACUACCCAGCCCUGGCCUCCCUUCUCGUUCCAACAGCACCUCAGUCGCACCUUGCCCAGUGCUGCCCGCUACGUUCUCAAUGUGGGCGCAUUGCUCCGAUGCUGAUGAGAUUCAUCUCUACACCUCGCUCAAGUACGACUCAAUGGACGGCCAUGCACAGCUGCCAAAGCUGCCACUGGACCUUCCCAAGCUUGCGGCCUACCGCUUCCCAAGGCUCCCCGAAAUGUACCAGCAAUUGCCAUGUCAGUUCCUGCACAUCGCGGUACCUAUGUCCAUCGCUCGACAGGACGCCCUCUUGCCAAACUUUGAUCGCUUCUCGACGCAGCUGUCCCUGACUAGCUGCUCGGAUGCCAAGCUCACCUCUGUCACGACCGUCUACUCGCAUGGAAAGCGAGUCCUGUCCCUCGUUGAGCCCCUUGAAGCGCCACGCAAAUUGACUCGCAACAGGCACAGGAAGAGCAAUGCCGGUUCCGACAGCCGACAAGAGGGCAGUGCAUCUCUGUUGCCCAAUGCGCCGCAUACGGAGAGCGAGAUCACUACCUCGCCCAUUAGCCAAGACGAUGUUCCUGAGAUCUCCUUCUCAGCCGCUGAUGCUCCAGCGAGCUCACAGGGUGCCUCGCCUGCAGCUGGGUCCGCUGAGCACCGCUUCUGCCACCAGGCGCCCUUUGCGACUGACUUCUGGGCUGACUUCCUGAGCCGCAACCAUCCUGUGCACAUCAACCGAGGUCGCGGGUCUCAGCAGUCUUUCUGCAAAGAGCCCUCGGAGCGUGCAGCCCUUGGUAUGGCCGUCUCCGGCAUUACCAUUAUCCAGGAGCUCGUUGAUGCCAACAAUGGUACUGCAAGGGAGACCGAAGGCUCUCAGGGUUCCUUAGUGAAUGUGAGCCCAGGCAGCUCCAUCGGGGACGUGGUCCUUGUUGUUGCGUGGGAGCUCGAGUGUGUUGAGGCACUUGGCGGUCGACCGGGCACACCCACUGUGUCUCUGAUUUCCGAGCCUUCCCAGAGGGUCUCGCCCAUGAUGGGCGGCGCCGGUCAAUCGCUGGCCCUGCCACCUCACCAGCAGUUUGCGGGCUACUCGAUGGGCAAUGCUCAGCACCAACAGCUUCGUUCGCCGAUGCCCUCGCCUCUCCCCUUUGGCCAGCACCCUCAGCAUUCUCAGCAAGUCCAUCUCAACUUUCAAGCUCCUCAUCAGCCCCGACAAGCUCCUCCUUCGCGACUCCAGCAUCAGCACCAGCCUGAGCAGGAGGGCAGUCCCAUUGGACCAACGCUGCUUCGCAAGCGAGGACUCUCGAACAACAAGCCCAGUCUGAUGCUCAACAUUCCCUCCGCUCAAUCGUCCCAUGCGAUGAACCGGUCAUCUAGCCCGCACGGGCAAGCUAGCCCUCAUACCCUAGCCUGGGGUAUGAUGCAGAGGAACGCGAUGUACGGGCCCAACAGCCCCAUGACCCCCGCCGCCGCUCUCAUUGGAACGCCCAGCAUGCCACCUCCCUUGCCUUCGGAGGAAGACGCAAAGGCUCACCGCGAACGUCUGAACCGAGCCUGGGCUGCUUCUGCAGGAAGCGAGCAGCGCAUCAACAACAAUGGCUUUGAUGCGUCUCCGUUGCCCACCAGCACCUUCGGCACGCUCCCCAACGUUAGGCCACAGGACAAUCAGACGGACGAGACUAUCGCUGCGGUCAUGAAGAAGUUUGCACUGGCCUACUCGCAGCAGUCGACCCCUCAGCCACAGCCACAUCAGCCAUUGGGUCAGCAGCAACAACCCACGUACUUUGACAGCAUGCCCACGUCCAGCAGCGCUACUUUCAACACUUCCCACGAGACAGGUGCGUCGGCUUCUGCUGGCUCUGGCAGCCUUGGUCUCAGUUUCGAUGGCGACUUUGACAGCAGUCACUCCAGCAACGGCAGUGGUAGCAUGCUGGACAUGAGCAUGGAGAACGAUUUCCUACCUUCUCACGACCACUCUCAUCCUCAAUACCAUUCGGGAACCCAAUUCAAUCAUUCUCAACAACCUCUAGGACCCGUAGCUCAAGCUCAACAACAACAACAUCUUCAUCAUCAACAUCAGGAAGAUCACGACACCAAAGACUUCAUUGACGACCUUCUCAAGAAGAUUGGCAUCCAAAUCCCUAGCGUGGGGGAGAGUCAGUAAGGCGAUGACCACCCUGCAUCCCAUUCAACCACGUCUCAAUGCAACGCACAGCCAGCCGUCACG